CCGAGGCUUUCACGAGUCACAACGACAAUCUGGACCUGUAGAAUAUCCUCAUCGAUGCGGAGGGUAACGUCACAGGCGCAUGGACUAGGACCACUCGUAUGUGGGCCCCAGUUGCAUAGUGGCUGCUGCGGUCCCCAAGUUCCUUCGCAGCGAUUGGUAUUCCCGCUAUGCCAACAACUUGUUCUGAGCGCCACACAUGGCAUGGAGCAUCCACUACUACCGCGAGAUUUACGCUGCAGCGUUGGUCGAGGCUGGCAAUACGGAUGCGAAGUUUGAUGAAUUCUGUGAUGUAUCAGGCCGCAGUUUACGCGAUAUCUUGCCACGGCCUGUGGAAGAUGGCAAAUACAGCGGCAAUGGGCGCGAAGAUGUUGCCGGUUUCGAACAAGCGGGCAAGCUUUAGAAUACGC